UGUUGCUUUAUUGGGUUUCUUUGGCUGGGGCAUUUCUCAUUUUCCCACCAGUGGGCAGUAUUACCCCUUGAGUUUUGUGGCUUCUUCUUUGGUUGGUUAGUGUGCGCUACACUGCCCCCUUUGGUGAUGUGUUGUAAGCAGCAGAAAAAGUUCGCACAGGCAGUGGGAGAAAACGCAUGGAGCAGAAAACAAGCGGCACAACUUUAAGCCCAGUUUACAUCGUUGGGGAGUUUGUUGAACCAUAAUCUGUAAGUAAGCACUGUCUAGCUUUAUUUUCUGUAAGAUUUGUUACUUUCAUGUUACUUAAAAGGGUAUUUGAACGUGUAAAGUAAGAUGUAUAUGGUGAAUGCAAAGCAUAAGAAAAGCUAUGUUGCUAACUUCUGUUUUUGGUUGCUAAUAUGUCGAUACUGAUGCUUACAUAUUAUUUUACUGUAUGUUCACAGUCUUACAAAUUAAAAGAGGAAAAAACGGUCUUCAGUGAAAGACAAAAGGCAAAGCGAUGUGUCCUGUCGUUCCUGGGACCAUCUCCUCUUAUGUUAAGCUCGCUGCAUAGGGUGAAUAGCCAUACAUUCACCUGAGGGCAGCAGAGUAAGAAGAUUAUCUACCUAUCAAGCACCCAAGAUGUCUCAGCCUGAAGCUUCACCGCCUCUCUCCCAGAUGGUGGUCCGGUCAGAGUGCCACUCACGCUCUUCACGCUCUUCACGUCGUUCAUCCACCAGUCAAGCUGCAGCCCGAGCCAGAGCAGAAGCAGAAGCCGCCCGCACCAGAGCACAGUACGCCAAACGCCAGAUCGACAUGGAGGUUGAGAAGGCACGCAUCGAGGCAACACUAAACGCUCUGAAGAAGGAGGGUGAGGCUGAAGCAGCGCUCGCCGCAGCUCAUGUCCUGGAAGCGGCAGCCGAUGAGGAGCAUGAUGCCGUUGACCUCACAGAACAAGGAGUCUCCUCUAAGACACCUCCUUCCAUCAGACGCGCUCAAGAUUAUGUGAACGCUCAUUUCGCUGACUGCAGCUUGGUAGUUAAUGAAGACAGAAAGCCUGAUACAGGACAACCGGUCGGUAAUAACGACGCUCAGCAUCUACGACAGAGUCAACCACCAGUUGCCUCCUCUCCAGGUGGACAUCUCGCUGGUUUUGUAGAUCAGGAGCAACCAAAGUCCCCUCCUAUACACAGAAAAACUGACAUUUCAACCCUGCCUCAACCUUCAUUGCCUCCAAAGACUGAACUCUCAGAUUUCACAGCCUAUCUAGCACGCCGUGAUCUGCUGACAGCAGGAUUCAAGGUUUUCGACAACCGUCCUGAGUCCUACUUGUCCUGGAAGUCCAUCUUCCACAACGCCAUAGAGGGCCUCAACCUCAAGUCCAGCGAAGAGCUUGACCUCCUCACCAAGUGGCUCAGCGGGGAGUCGCUACAACAUGCUCUGAGGAUCAGGGCGGUCCAUGUGAACAACCCACACGCAGGUCUUCAACGUUUGUGGCAACGUCUAGACAAAAGUUUUGGUUCUCCAGAGGUAGUCGAAGCGUCACUUUUCCAACGCUUACACUCUUUUCCAAAAAUAUCUAAUAAGGACACUCACUUAUUGCAGGAGCUUGCAGAUCUCCUGUUGGAGUUAGAGUAUGCACAAAGUGAAAAUUAUCUACCCAGCCUUAGCUUUCUGGACACCCCAAGGGGGAUAAACCCGAUAGUGGAAAAGCUCCCCUACGGACUCCAGGAGUCCUGGGUGAAACAGGGGACAAAAUACAAAAAGGACAAUGGUGCAGUUUACCCACCUUUCUCAUAUUUUGUUCAGUUCAUAAAUGACUAUGCAGAAAUGAAAACAGAUCCUAGCUUUAUGUUACAAAGUUCAAACAUAGUGGCUCCAAAACCUGAUAAGCCAUUGUUGAAAUCAACUAAAUACAGAGGUCCAGUUGCAGUGAACAGAACAGAUAUUAGUCAAACAAAUGUCACGGCUCAAACAUCAGUUCUCAACCCAGACAGACAAUGUCCUAUUCACCACAAGCCCCAUUCACUUGCCAAAUGCAGGGGUUUUAGGUCAAAAACACUAGAUGAAAGGAAAAUCAUCCUCAAAGAACAUGCUAUUUGUUAUAAGUGUUGUUCUUCCACAGGUCACCGAGCUAAAGAUUGCAAAGCCAUUAUCCAAUGCUCGGAAUGUAAUAGUGAUGCUCACGUGUCUGCCAUGCAUGCUGGUCCGCCUCCGUGGGCAACCAAGGACUCUAACCUCCUGCCUCAAAGCCACGGCGGGGAGUCUGAUCCUUCAAGCCCUGUAACCACAACUGCUUGCACAGAGGUGUGUGGCCCAGGUCUAAAUGGCAAAUCCUGCUCUAAGAUUUGUUUAGUCGACGUGUAUCCCCGCACAAACCCUGAAGAGAAAAGGAGGAUGUACGCCAUGUUGGAUGAUCAAAGCAACUCAUCCUUAGCCAGGUCUGCUUUCUUCGACAUGUUUAAUGUGAAAGGCACUAUGCUCCCAUACACCAUGAAAACAUGUGCAGGUUUGUCAGAGGCUGGAGGACGCAGAGCAACUAAUUUCGUUAUUCAGGAUGUAAAUGGAGAAGUGUCCAUGUUGCUGCCCACACUGACAGAAUGUGAUCACAUUCCAGACAAUAGAGAUGAGAUACCCACCAAGGAGGCUGUGUCGGCUCACCCGCAUCUACACGCACUCGCUUCACAGAUCCCUCCUCUGGACCCAGCCGCGGACAUUCUCCUCCUCUUGGGCCGGGACAUCAUCCAAGCUCACAAGGUUCGCAGUCAGGCCUCCUCCUGCUUCACUGGCAUAUAUCCAUCACCAGAGGGCUCCACUGACCUGCCUGCUGACAUCAGAGCAAACCCCUGUGUCAUGUGACCUGGCUGGAGUUGCAAAGCUGGACUCAGACCUAGCCCAGGCAAGUUCAAAGCCAGCUGUGGUAGAGAGAGCAAUGAGUAUAGUAAAGCACCGGAAGGAUGAGGUGGAAACAGGAAGCGUGUAGAUUCAGUGGACUUGGCAUCCUUCAUGACCUCAUCCUGACUUAGCUGCUCCUCUUCCCCACUUCUGAAUCCAAGCUGGGAGGCUCCAGGCUGUUAGCCUGCUGCUUCAUAAUCAGAACAAAUCUGAAUAAACUUUCCAAACACACCUCUGCUGCUUCCAAACAGCCUUUGAACAUUUGCCUUUUGUUUAUUCCCUCCCUCAUUCUCGUCCUUGCCGUCAGGCUUCUCAGUCAUAUUGAUGGUAUCGGUCUCCAUGCUCUCUUUACUCGCCUCUUUACAACUGCACAUCCCUGAAUCUAGAUUCUGGAGCCUAACUUGAUCAGUGUUGAGUCUCUCAGAUUUCUCAUAGUCUCAAAUCACCUGCACUGGCUCACUGUAGCUGCUGCCUUUGAGAACAAACUUUAACAUCACUUUGUCUUUCUCCCUCGCUUCAGUGCUGUCUUUACUUAUGACUUACUUUACUAAUUUACCCUUCAUUUAUUAACAUCUGAACUUCUAAAAACUUCUCCUGUAGCUGUGAUUUUGUUUAAAUAUUUAGGAUAGAAUUUAGGAUUCAACUUACUUCGUUACACAUGUAUGAAUACAGGGUAAUGAAAUACAGUUUGCAUCUAAUCAGAAGUGCAAGAGCAGUAAGUGCAAUAAGAGCAGAUUAUAUACAAGUAAGUUGAGAGCAGAAAUACAGAUGUAAUACAGACAAAUGUACAGAUGUUCUGUUGUGUACAUAUGUACAGAUAUACAAAUGAUCUGUAUAGCAUACAGAUGUUCUAUAUUGCUGUACAGAUGGGCAGAUAUACACAGUGCUAUGAAUAUAUCUACCGUAGUGGAAGUGUAGCUCUCUGAAUAGACUAUAAUGGUGAACAGUGUACCACUAUAACAAAGACUAUACUAUGUCAGUGUCCUAAAACUAUAGCAGUAACCAAUGUGAGCAUAUGGUGAAUGUUGAGAAUGACAUGAUCAUGGUUAUUGGAA